UCUAUUUUUGUGCCAGUCUCCUCCAGUCUCAGAAAUACCAGCAACGCUUAUUUUCCUCCAUAAAGAUGCAAGAAAAAAAGGCAGAAACCGCAAAUAAAAACGCGAAGAAGGCGAAUCUAUUGGAUCACGGCUCCAUCAAACACAUCCUCGAUGAAUCCGUCACUGAGAUUGUUAAGAGUCGCGGAUAUGUGGAAGAUGUGAGGAUGAGCAAUAUCAGAUUAUUGCUUGGAACUAUUAUUAUUGUAAUCGCUCUUGUUGCUCAAUUUUACAAAAAGAAGUUCCCCGAAAACCGUGAUUUCCUCAUCGGUUGCAUCGUAUUAUAUAUAGUUUUUAAUGGAGUACUCCAGCUGGUCAUAUACACUAAGGAAAAGAAUGCAAUUCUCUUUACUUAUCCUCCUGCUGGAUCCGUAACCAGCACUGGUUUGGUGGUCUCUUCAAAGUUACCAAGAUUCUCUGAUCUUUAUACACUUACGAUAGCAAGUGCAGAUCCCAAGUCGAUAUCUGCAGGGAAACCGGUUGAGUUGACCAAAAGUGUUACUCAAUGGUUCACUAAGGACGGAGUAUUGGUUGAGGGCCUAUUCUGGAAAGAUGUUGAAACACUAAUAAAUGAUUAUGCGACAGAACCAAAGAAAAAGAAGUGAUCGUAGAUAGUAAAGCCUUACCUUGUUAGGUUAUUGGUUAGACUGUGAAAUCUGUCCGUUGCUGCAACCUUGAUUUAGAGUAUGUUCACCACAAUCAUUGGUUUGAAGAUUUUAAACUAAAAACAGAAAAUGAACUUUGCCCAAGGAUUAGAAGACAAUUUUCAUCACUUAUCGAACAACGAUUUCUUGCUAAUGAAAAAGAUUUGGUUUCUUUA